AUGAAAUCCAUCUCCCUUGAAACUUCCUCCCAUCACUAUCGAUCCUCCCUCUUCCUCACUUCCAUUAUGAUGCACUUGCAGCGUCACAUCAAGGCUACGGAUGAUAAGGAGGAGCAUCUUUGGUCACCUCAGUGGGAUAGAAGUGAAGGCGAUGUGAAAGUGGGGUUGGAAUAUGAUCUAGUCGCCUAUCUCACCUGUUCAUACCUUUGA